GAAGACAGGGACGGAAUAAGAGAUAGUCAAGGAGGCGAAGAAGAAAUAUAUAUAUAUAUAUAUAUAUAUACACACAUACACACAUAUAUAUAUAUAUAUCGGUUGUAAACCCGGCUUGCGCAAGAGAAGAUGAAGCUGCCUUUCGCCGGCCCGCUGUGCAUCGUAAUCUGUGCAGCCAGUUUCACCGAGGGAGCCGCUGCUGCUAAGAAGGACUCUGCGGCUAGGGAGCGGAGGAUGCAGUUUGCCUCUUGGGAUGAGGUGAAUCUCAUCGCUCACGGCCUCCUGCAGCUGGGCCACGGCCUCAAGCAGCAUGUGGAGCGGACCAAGGAGCAGCUGCGGGGGGUCACCGAGCAGCUGAGCGCCCACAACCGCACCCUGGGCGAGCUGGCUGGCCGCCUGGGCGAACAGCGGCUAGGGCUGGAGGCCGAGGAGCUGCAAACACGCCCGGGCACUCACCUGCCCCAGGUAUCCGCCAGCCUGCGGCACAAGGUGGAAGAGAUGCAGCAGGACAGGCUGAGAAUGGACAAGGCACUGCAGAGCUUAGAGGAAAAGCUGGAGAGCAUUGUGAACGGGAAGAAAGCUGAAAGUGGCCUGGACAACUAUAACAAUCUCCAAUCCAUAAUGGAAACUCAAAGUAGAAACAUUGAUGAGCUGCUGACAAGAAUAAAGGACCAGCAGUGGCAGCUUGACAAGCAGAGCAUUCAGAUCAAGAUUCUGCAAAGCCAGCUGCAAGAAAACAAAUUACAGCUGAAAGAGAGCCCGCAUUGGAAGUCGAUUCUCAAACGAAGAGUGGAGGUAUUUCCUCGACCACGCAGCAGUGUGGAGCCUAGGCCAGCUGACAAACUUCCCUCUGAUUGUCACCAACUAUUCCUGGAAGGACAGCGAAUCAGCAGUGUACACAAAAUCCAGCCAAUAGGCUCACAGCCCUUUGAAGCAUUCUGUCAAAUGACAGAAGAAGGUGGCUGGACCGUCAUUCAGAGACGGAGGGAUGGGUCAGUGGACUUUGACCAGCUCUGGCAGGCAUACAAGGACGGAUUUGGCAACCUUACUGGUGAAUUCUGGUUGGGACUGGAGAAACUUUAUACCAUCGUGCAUCAGGGUGGCUAUCUCCUGCGUAUUGAGUUGGAGGACUGGGAGAAUCACACUGAGCACACAGAAUAUCCCUUCAGCCUGGGCAGCGAAGCCACUGACUACACCAUGACCCUCAAGAGCCCCAUUUCCGGAAACCUCAAGAAUGCCAUCAGCGAAUCAAGCGGACUGGGUUUUUCAACUCGAGACCGGGACCACGAUCUGAAGUUCAACAUGAGCUGUGCCAAACACCUGACAGGUGGAUGGUGGUUCACCACCUGUGGGCAGGCCAACCUGAACGGCAAGUAUUUCGCCAGCAAGCCCCGACAGCGGCACGAGAGAAAACAGGGAAUAUUCUGGAAGCCCUGGAAAGGCAGAAAUUACCCCCUGAAAACCACAACGAUGAUGAUUCGCCCGAUGGAACUAGAAGCAUAAACAUCAACAGCUCAGAUUCUGGCCAAGACUGUGAGAGUGAGAGAGUGAUAGAGAGAGAUACAGAAAUAUAAAACAGAAAAGCUGUCACUGUUUACAUCUGGGAUGAGAAUACAAUGCAAUAUUCUAAGGAAAAAUGGAUGCACUGACUAGAGUCUCCAAACAUGUAUAUUUUUAUCUGUUUAUGCAACAAAACAAUGCAGCAAAUAUCCCAGGAUUAAUGGCUGAGCUAUGCAAGUGUAUUCAAAGUCCACAAGCCACUCUAAGCAGCUAUUAGUUUGCCCUCUAUGUUUUAUAAAUUAAGAUUUCAGAAAAGUAAAUUCAGUUAACUUCUGUAAAAACAGUUUGUGAACUUCCCCACUGCUUAUUCUGCUUCCUACCCCCCGUCACAUUAUACAGUGAGUACCUAUGUUAUCAAAUCGGGAAGAUCCUAAGUUUAAUCGUUGCCUCAUUUGGAGUAAAUUAUUUGUACUUCAGCAAACUGUGUACACACCCCUGUCAGUGUGCGCAUGGCGGCCUGACGCUCUGUCAGUGUGCGCACCAGGGAAUUACAAAAUCCCUGGAUAUUAAUGAAUCUUUAUCAGUUCAAUAGAAAACGCACCAUGCGAUCCACUGAAGAGCCAGUCCAAGGCUGUCAGAAUCAAACUGGCAGCACACUGCAGUCUUUCCUAGCUCUAAAAGGGACAAUUAUCUACCAUUCCCAUGUCUCCUCCAUAAAGCUGCUCUGCUUUUUACUCUAAAAUAGAGUCAAACGGAUGUAUAGUUUAUGGUGGAACUUCUACAAUAAAGGGGAGUGCAGUCUCUGCUCCGGCAUAAACCCAAAGCGACAGCCCUGGAUUUGGGUGCCUCCAAUACCAUUGUCCCAGUGCCCUGGUCACUGUUUAUACCAGUUUCAUUGUUACACUUAUAGCUUGAUUCCUACUCAAAGGAAUGUGUCCAAGUCAUAUUGACUUUAUCACCAUGGCUAGUAAUAGCUUCAGAAUUGAGACUAUUAAUUGUUCAUUUUGCUUUGUGUAUUUAAACAUUUAAUAUUCCAAACCUGCCUUUUGUAAUUUAUAAAGGCUCAGCUUCUCCCAGAGGGGAAUAUGAGUCGGUCUCUAUUGUCUGCUGUACAUAACCUUUAAAUCCUGUUAUUUUAAUAUCAAAUGAUUUCUUUAUUUCUUAUUUUUGUCUAAAAAAAAAAACUAUUCUUUGGUUUAAA